AUGUCUUCAACAGUAGCAACAGCUUCAAUGCCACAAUCAAACGAACGUGACAUUGGAGUCGAACCAGACAAAUCACAAACCGCAAAAAACUUUCACGAUAAACAUAGCAUAAACUAUAUACUACGGUCGGGUCUUGCAGGUGGGGUAGCUGGUUGCAUGGCAAAGUCUGCAGUCGCCCCGCUUGAUCGAGUUAAAAUAUUAUUUCAGACUAAUAAUCCACAAUAUCGGAGAUAUGCAGGUACAUGGACGGGUGUAUUUGUAGCUAGUAGCAAGAUUUAUAAAGAAACAGGUUCUAGAGGUUUAUUUCAAGGACAUUCUGUCACAUUAAUUAGGAUUUUUCCAUAUGCCGCAAUAAAGUUUAUCGCAUAUGAACAAUUUCGUCACUUAUUAAUGAAAACGAGGCAAGAUGAAACAUCAGCAAGGCAAUUUCUGGCUGGAUCAUUAGCUGGGGUUACCUCAGUCUUAUUUACAUAUCCAUUAGAACUAAUACGAGUUAGACUAGCAUUCGAAGUAAAACAGGUAGGAAUCCGAUCAUUAUGUCAACAAAUAUACAACGAGCAAGCGGGAACAACACGAAGCUCAAUAGUCCACCUUCCAAUAAUGAACUUUUACCGAGGUUUAACACCAACAAUCAUGGGAAUGAUUCCCUACGCAGGAGUCUCAUUUCUAACACACCACUGGCUAACAAACUUGUGUCGGACAAAAAUGGCAGAUUUUACCACGUUACCUUCACUAGCAGCCGGGAAAUUAGAUAGUCGGGGCCAAGAAAGACGAGCUCCGCUUCGAACAUGGGCAGAACUUAUGGUUGGUGGACUGGCGGGUGCUAUUGCACAGACUAGUUCGUAUCCUUUUGAGGUUAUAAGACGGCGGAUGCAAGUUUAUGGCACGUUGGAUCCAACAAAGUUUGCGAGUGUUUGGGAGACUACUCGUAAUAUUUGGAGAACUAGAGGGUUAUCCGGAUUUUAUGUCGGGCUGAGUAUUGGCUAUUUGAAGGUUACCCCGUUGGUGGCUGUUUCGUUUACUGUGUAUCAUCGUAUGAAAUUAUUAUUAAAUAUUGAUUAG